AUGCUUCUGCUAUUGCCUCUGCUAAUCAUCAAUGUCGCCCACGGUCUAUCGUCGGCUCCUCCAAUGGCUCCGGCUCAGCCCGCCGCUCCUGCUGAAUCUUCCGCUCCUUCAGCUGCUCCCAGCAUCCCUCCGUCGAGCACCGCGCCACCAAUUGCUGCUGACGGUGUGAACGCCAGCGCUAGUAGCCCACAAGUAGUCACCCCCGAGCCAACAGCAGCCGCGUGCCUGGAAAAGGACUACAGCUGUCUCUUCCCCCCACCUACGUCUGAUAUUGAUCGCAAGGAAUGCGAUUGCACCAUGAAAUCCUACUGCCCCUUCAACAAGAUCUUCCAGGAGACCUUCAAUAGCAGCAUGUCUGGCCACUUUACCCAAUGCGACAUCAACCCCGUACAAUGUCCGGCCGACGCUACAACUGCAAACAAGAAAACCGUCGACUGCUUACCGGGCAAGGGUCCUUACCGAUAUCCCAUCAACGAUGAUGCCUUGCCAGCGCUGGCUUCAGUCUGCACUCGGGAUAUGGGCCCCUCUACCCUCAAGGAAACUGAUUUCUACGAUCUGCUGCUCACUUGUGCGCUCCCACGCUGUGAGCAGAGACUCAAAUUGCCCCAGUCUGUCAUCAGCGGUGAUGCAAAGCGAUUCAAAUGGUGUGCCCCGCCGGUGGUUCGCGGUAGCCUAGUACAAUAUUGUGAGCCACACCAGUGGAGGGAGAGCAUCUACUCGCCCGGCGAUUCCCUCAAGCCGCACUAUGUCGUGCCGAGCGGACCUGGAGUAAAACCAUGCGCCCUCCUCCCGCUCUGCGACAAGGACGGCAAGGUGGACAAAAGCAAAUACAUGGUGCCGAUGAACAAGCAGUUCCAAUGGGACGACACCCUCUGCGAGAAGCCCUGCCCGCCCGGCACCUCGCUAGACGUUUAUCUGGGCGCAAAUGCCUGCCUGGCCGUACCGCCGUGUGAGACGCUGGACGAUAAUUCAACCGGCGUACCGGAAUGGGCCGAUCGCGAUCGAAAGCUUGGCUACUGCUGGCCGUGGUGCUCGGAUGCGGACUCGCUGAUUCGCGGCAACGCGUCGAUGCGCACCGUCUACGAAUGCGUGCCCCGGCCGAAAUGUGGAGACGACGGAAGACCGGCGCCACGCACGAACCGCUGGCGCAGCGAUCGUUGUGUGACCGUCAACGUGUGCAAGAUGGAUGAGAGGCCGGAAACGCACUACUGCACGAGACGCACCACGUAUAUGGAACGUGACUUUGGGUCAAUGUCCCACAACGGCGCCGUGACAAGGGUGCUCCAAUACUCUUUGCCGUGGAUCAUUCUGGCGGCCGCGAUGGCCGCGCUGGCCUUCUACUUCUCCAUCAAAUACCAAGACAAACUGAAGGAUGAUCAGCUACGGAAAGAGCUGGAGGCCAAGGGAUGGGAUUGGCACGAUUAUCUGCGCAUUCGACGCGAGAUCCGCACCGAGAUCAGCUACGGCAACAAGGACGCCGGCAGCGCGCCCGGGGUCCAGAAGGCGUACGCGACCGCGUGCCGCAACGCGAAGGCCCGCCUGCAGCGCCAGCAGUGCCGCGCCCAGGCCCAGGCGGCCGCCGGUGGCGAGGUGCACACCGUAGCCUCGUGUGAAUACUCGCGCAUCGACCCGCUGUUCGACGACUUCCUCGCCGAGAUGCCACCCGAAGAGGAGAGUGCCAAGUUUGCCGCCCUCGAGAAGGAGCUCGGCGCGUACGGCUGGGUCAAAUUCUCGCUCGAACUCGCUGAGGCCGCCUACGAGCAGUUCCUCGCCUGCUCGCCGCCCUCUCGCAUCGCCCUCAUCAAGCGCGCCCUGCGCGCCGUCGAGCGCUCCUACGAGCUGCACCCCGACGACGUCGACGUGCUCAAGCAGUGCGCCAAGCUCUCCGGCACCCUUGCCGAGCUCGGGUCGAUGAUCGAGAAGCCGGUGCUCGCCCAUAAUUUUUUGUCUUACCUGAAUUCGGCCCUCUCGCACACCCCAAACGACCACGUGCUGCUGCACAUGAAAGGCCGCUUCCUCCACCGACUCACCACCCUCAACUUCAUGGAGCGCAAACUGACGGCGUCCCUGGGCGAGCUGCCCGAGGCGAGCAUGGAGCUCGCGCUCACCGAACUCCUGAAAGCCCACGAGAAAGAGCCGACGGCCAUCGACAACCUGUUGCUCAUCGCCAAGUGCUACCGCGAACUCGGCGAUCGUGAGAAAGCCUGCGACUUCCUCCAGCAGAUUAGCGAGGUGGAGCCGAACGACGGCGCCGACGAGAUGUACGCCGAGGAGGCGGCCGAGAUGCUCAAGACAAUUUCU